AUGAAAGAAUUUGAUGACCAAAAUCACUUAUUUUCAAUUGCAAUCGGUGAUGAUACAACAAACAAUAUUGAAAUGAUAAUAGAUUCAUCAGAUCAUAAUGGAAAAUACGCUCCUUAUUUUGGAUUUGGCGUUUUAUUUAUUUUUUUAUUAGCCAUUGGCUUUAUUCCAACAUACACAACAUCGUAUACAUCUACUACACAUAAGAAAACAGCAGCUCAAAACAGUCUUCCGAUAAUUCCUAUUGUAUCCAAAUUUAAGAUUACUCGUCCAAUGAACAAUAACCUUCAAAUAUAUAUGAAGAUACCAGGUUUAACCCAAUUCAAGAAGAUUUCUCUUUCAUAUACUUUUAAUAUUUCUUAUAAAUCUUAUUAUGAGAAACCUUCAAUGAUGUUGCGCAAUACAAGACACAUAUUUCCUUCUUUUUCGUCGAAAAAGAGCGAUUUUAUCCAGUUAAUCUUUGUUGAUAAAAUUCUAGAUUACUCAGAAAUCGAGUUUGUCGGUAGUGUUUCUAAUACUCCCGAGAUUAAAGAAAUCGACAUAUUAUAUGCAUACGAAAACACAUCUUUUACAUUGCUUAUGAUCUGGAUUCGGAUAAAUUUCCCAAUAAUUUUAUUAAUUCUUAUUAUUGUACGAUUUUUCCGCAAAACUGCUACCACAAUAGAACAAAAAGCAUGCUCCCUACUGAAUUUAGCUACAAUUUUCUAUGAUCAGCCUUUAUCAAUUUUAAAUUUUUACAAACCAACUCCUCUCACAGUUUACUUAGACAUAAUCUUUUCGGACAUAUAUGGCCCAGUACUAUUCUUUGUAUCCAUGUUCCUUAUUUCUCGUACUUUCGAUCAAAAGUUAACACAAACAAUGAUUUACCUUCCUUUCAUCUAUUUCGGUACAACAUUCUUUCUUUCAUCGAUCAACUUUCUCGUGCACUAUCCUUGCGAUAUCCCAGACCAGCUUGGUUCCCUUGCUUUCGACUUAGAAUAUUUGAAUACUUUUAUUAGUUUCAUUUAUUUUUGUCUUUUUUGUUAUUAUAUGAUUGUCAACAUCCAACAUUUUGCAGGAGACCCAGGUAUUAGGUUAUCCACAUAUAGAACUAUUGUUUUGUUUGUUUCCAUCGGAAUUUCUAUUUUUUCUGUUCUUCAGGCCGAGAAUUCAGUCAGAGAGUCUUUGUUUUCAGGUAUUUUCCAGUUCGGACUUGUGAACACUCUUUCCAUUGUGAUGGAGUACAUGCAUUCAAACAAAGAGGUGUUUCUUAAGGACAUUUACGAAGAACCAAUGAAUCUUGGAGAAUUUUCUGAUAAUGCAAUUGGUGAGGCCAUCUCUUCUGACUUCUCAGAUGAAGUAUCUUAUUCAUCUGAACAAUAUGAAUAG